GCUGCUUGCGUCUGGCUCAGCUCCUUGGAGCCCACAGCGCCGGCUGCGCCUCGCCUCCCUCCUCCCUCUGCAGACACACCGAGACACAAAAAGAGGCUGGAGCGAGCUGGCAGAAAAGCAGCACCAUGACCGAAACCACCAAGACCCACGUUAUCCUGCUGUCCUGCGGCAGCUUCAACCCCAUCACCAAGGGGCACAUCCAGAUGUUCGAAAGAGCCCGGGAUUAUCUGCACAAGACUGGAAGGUUCAUUGUAAUUGGUGGAAUCGUCUCACCUGUACAUGACUCCUAUGGGAAGCAGGGCCUGGUCUCCAGCCGACACCGUCUGACCAUGUGCCAACUGGCCGUCCAGUCCUCUGACUGGAUCAGGGUGGACCCCUGGGAGUGCUACCAGGACACCUGGCAGACUACCUGCAGUGUGCUGGAACACCACCGUGAUCUGAUGAAGCGAGUGACUGGCUGCAUCCUCUCCAACGUGAACACGCCUUCCAUGACCCCGGUGAUUGGACAGCCCCAGAAUGAGUCUCCACAGCCCAUUUACCAGAACAGCAACAUUUCCAACAAGCCCACUGCAGCAAAGAUCUUGGGGAAGGUGGGAGAAAGUCUGAGCCGGAUUUGCUGUGUCCGUCCGCCAAUGGAACGCUUCACCUUUGUGGAUGAGAAUGCGAAUUUGGGGACCGUGAUGAGAUACGAGGAGAUUGAGCUUCGUAUCUUAUUGCUUUGUGGCAGUGACCUGCUGGAGUCCUUCUGUAUCCCAGGCCUCUGGAAUGAGUCUGACAUGGAGGUGAUUGUCGGGGACUUCGGGAUCGUGGUGGUGCCCCGGGACGGCACAGACACAGACCGGAUCAUGAACCAUUCCUCAAUACUCCGCAAGUACAAAAACAACAUCCUGGUCGUGAAGGAUGACAUGAACCACCCGAUGUCUGUCGUCAGUUCAACCAAAAGCAGACUGGCCCUGCAGCAUGGGGAUGGACACGUUGUGGAUUACCUGUCUCAGCCCGUCAUUGACUACAUCCUCAAGAGCCAGCUAUACAUCAACGCCUCUGGUUAAAGCCUGAGGUGCUGCAGCAAGGCAGCCCCACCGCCCCACUUCUUUCCAGCUCUCCAUCACACUUCUCGCUCUCUGUGUCUGUCUCUCUCUCUCUCUCACGGCCUCCGGCGCGUCCGCCUGUCUCACUCACUGACUCUAGCGCUCGAUAGUGCAGGAAUCUCCAGGGAGCUGUGGGAUACCCCAGUGGUACACAUCUCAGCAAUCUGCUUCGGAGAACCCUUCCCCUUCAUACACCGGGGGCAGGGGAUACAGUAAAUAGAGAUGUACCCAGCUUGCUGUAGGGAGGUGGCUCUGGUGUCCACCUUCCCAGCAUGCCCUAGAGAAGUGGCCCUGGUGUCCACCUUCCCAGCAUGCUCCAGGAACAGGGGCUUGGUCUUUUCCCAUCCUACGGCACUUACGUUAAAUAAAACACGGUGGAUCUUUU